AUGCCUUCCCCAUCAAACAUCAAAGAGAUGCAAAAAUUAGCAGGACGGUUAGCAGCACUCAAUCGUUUCCUAGCUAAUCACGCCGCAAAGUCCUUUCCGUUCAUCAAGACAUUGCGCAACUGUAUGAAGAAAAGCCAGUUUCAGUGGACUCCGGAAGCGGAAAGCGCGUUCCGAGAGAUGAAAGACUGCCUCAUCAAGCUGCCAACAUUAACCGCACCAAUCAAAGGAGAACCCUUGGUACUAUAUUUGUCAGCUUCUGAUAGAGCAGUUGGAGCAGUGCUACUCGUCGAUCGUCAAGGUAUCCAAACACCAGUCUACUAUGUGUCACGAACCUUGACCGACCCAGAAACUCGGUACGCCAUCAUGGAGAAACUAGUCCUCGCAUUGAUCCAUGCAUCAAGACGGCUGCAAAGGUAUUUCGCUAACCAUGUCCUACAUGUGUUAACAAACUACAACAUCGGCAACAUCCUGGCAAGGCCAGAAAUCUUAGGAAGGCUAGCUAAAUGGGCAAUAGAACUUGGCGGCCACAACGUGGUUUUCAGACCAAGACCAGCCAUCAAGGGCCAAGUGUUAGCAGAUUUCAUGACAGAGGUACCUGACGAUAAGGAUCGAGAAUGUAAAGCAAUGGAAAAGGCCGAAAAGCAAAAAGUAGAAGAACCAUGGCUGCUUUACACAUAUGGCGCGUCUAACGAAGACGGCGCAGGCGCAGGGAUUCGGCCGGUGAGCCCUGACAAACAUGAAUUCACGUACGCCAUACGUCUGGAUUUCAAGAGCACGAACAAUGAAGCAGAGUAUGAAGCCUUUCUUGCUGGUUUAAGAUUGGCAAUCAAAAUGGGAGUCAAACACAUCGAAGCGCAUGUAGAUUCCAUGUUAGUGGCCGGACAAAUUAACGGCCAAUACAAAGCCAAAGGAGAUGUAAUGGCGCUCUAUCUGAGUCAAGAAAAGACGUUGCUACAAACCUUCUAUUCCUACAAGGUGCAUCACAUAAACAGAAGCGAGAACAAAUCAGCAGACACGCUGAGUAAACUCGCAUCUACGAGCUUUCAACACCUUGCAAAGGAUGUGCGCAUAGAAGUUUUAAGCAACCCAUCUGUUCCACUUCGGGAGGUAAGCGUCAUCCAGACAGGGACAACGUCUUGGAUGACUCCAAUAAUCAUGUACCUUCAAUCCGGGAUACUCCCCGAGAACAAAGCCGAGGCGAGGAAAUUCCAGUACAAGGCCGAGCAUUAUCAGAUGGCCGAUGGAAUUUUAUACCGGAAGUCAUACCUUGGCCCAUUGUUGAGAUGCGUCGACGCUGAAGACGCAAACUAUUUGAUCAGAGAGGUCCAUGAAGGAAUCUGUGGUAUACAUGCCGGGCCAAAAAUGGUGGUGGCAAAAGUGAUGAACGUCGGGUACUACUGGCCCGGGAUGCAUUUAGACGCGGUAAAAGAGUUGAGGAAGCCUGCAGACGAUCUUGAACGAUGGUUCAAAGAAUUGUACAUCGAACACACCUUCUCUUCGGUUGCGCACCCGCAGGGGAAUGGUCAAGUAGAAGCAGUUAACAAAAGCAUUGUCAAUGCUAUCAAGGCGGGGCUAGGCGAGAAAAGAAGGGGCUGGGUUGACGAGCUGCCCAGCAUACUGUGGGCCCACAGAACAAUGCCAAAAACAAGCAACGGUGAGACACCGUUCAGUCUAGUUUAUAGGUCUGAAGCAGUAAUACCAGCAGAGAUAGGACUGCCAUCCCCACGAAUGCUCUCCAUGAACUUAAUCGACAACGAAAAGGAAAGGAGGAUCGACCUGGACCUCCUGGAAGAAAGAAGAGAGAUGGCGGCAAUCAACGAAGCGAAAUACAAAACGAAGCUAGAAAAAUAUUACAACUCCAAAGUCCGGGUAUGCACUUUUAACCCAGGAGAUUACGUCCUGAGAGACAACGAGGCUUCCAAUGAAGAAAAGCCUGGGAAACUGGCUCCCAAGUGGGAAGGUCCAUAUGUAAUAGAGGCAGUACUCGGCAAGGGAGCUUACAAACUGCGCACCAUCGAAGACAAGGAGGUUCCGCGAACUUGGAACGCCUAA